AACCUCUCUCUUUCUCUGCAUUGAUCAAGAAGUGAAGAACAAUGUCGAGUUUCGGAGCCACGAAUACCAAUCCUAACAAAUCCCAUGAGGUUACUUCACCACCUUCUGAUUCUGUUUCCAGUCUUUCUUUCAGUCCCAAAGCCAAUUUCCUCAUUGCUACUUCUUGGGACAACCAGGUUCUGUGUUGGGAGGUUUCAAAGAAUGGAAAUACUCUUAGUAGUACUCCCAAAGCUUCUAUUUCUCAUGAUCAACCUGUUUUGUGCUCUGCUUGGAAGGAUGAUGGAACAACUGUUUUUACCGGAAGUUGUGACAAGCAGGUCAAGAUGUGGCCACUUUUAUCUGGAGGGCAACCGACGACUGUUGCCGUGCAUGAUGGUCCCAUCAAAGAGAUUGCAUGGAUACCAGAGAUGAAUGUUUUGGCCACAGGAAGCUGGGACAAAACCAUUAAGUAUUGGGAUACUAGGCAGCAAAAUCCAGUGCAUACUCAGCAACUCCCUGAUCUCUGCUGUACAAUGGAUGUGAGACAUCCUCUCAUGGUUGUAGGAACUGCUGAUAGGAAUCUUAUUGUCUUCAACUUGCAGAAUCCUCAGAAUGAGUACAAAAGAAUAAUAUCACCUCUGAAAUAUCAGACAAGAUGUGUCGCUGCUUUUCCUGAUCAACAAGGUUUUUUGGUCGGCUCAAUAGAAGGAAGGGUUGGAGUACACCAUCUUGAUGAUGCAUUACAAGACAAGAAUUUUACUUUUAGAUGCCACAGAGAAAAUAAUGACAUAUAUUCAGUCAACUCGUUAAAUUUUCAUCCUGUACAUCACACUUUUGCAACUGCUGGAUCUGAUGGUGCUUUUCAUUUCUGGGAUAAGAACAGUAAACAGAGACUCAAGAAUAUGCAGAGGUGUAGUCAACCCAUACCUUGCGGUACAUUCAAUAAUGACGGUUCCAUAUAUGCUUACGCGGUUUGUUAUGAUUGGAGCAAAGGUGCAGAAACUCACAAUCCAACUACUGCAAAGAACUACAUUUAUUUGCACAUACCACAGGACACUGACGUUAAAGGAAGGUCACAAACUGCAUCAACGGGUGGUAGAAGAUGAAGUUUGGUGUUAAUGGUUCCGCGGUUCGAUGCAUUCAUGGCAUGGAUUUGAAACUAGAAGCAAAAUAUCAGUUGUUUAGUGUUUUGUUGCAACAACCAAAAUGAUUAUGCUCGUUUUUUGGUUCUCAUAUCUAAAUUUUUUUUCUUAGGCUUGCCCAUUUUCCUAAUUUGUGGGUGUAUUUUUAUCACGAUUUAGGGUUAGGCUAUCGUGAUUUAAUUUUGUCAAACAUAGAGAAUUCAUGUAAAUGCUUUCCUCGUCAUUUCUUUCUAUGAUGUCAUCAUCGU